UUAUUUAUUUUUUUGCCAUUGGGUGCUUGAGAAACUCAGGUUGACCUCAGAAGCUUGGAAAACAUACAGUACAGGUCUUCAGGUUAAUUUCUAGUGUCUGAGGUGUCCUCAUUUUUAUUUGUAACAAUGCAGAAGUUAAUGCAUUACUAUGAACGUGUGUAGGUUUUCUUGUGGAAGGUUUAAGCAAGCAUUUUAAGCUAGAGCAUCAUGCUUUCUUUAUCAAUGAAAUAAGGUGGUGAGAUUCUUUGUGAGGACUAAAUUGUCCAAGAACGCUUGCAGUUAUUUUUAAGAAUUGUUACUUCAGGCUUACGUCACCACUAGACAGAGUUCUGUUAUUUUUUGUUUGUUUUUCAGCUAAUUGUUUCAGAUCAGUGUAUCUGUUGAAUAUUUUACUAUUGGGUUUUCUUAUGUGAGGUGUAAAGUUACCCUAAUUGCCUUUAGGGAAGACUUCCUUUUAAUAAAGUUCAGUGUGCUUGGAUAGUGUUAAAACAUCUUUGGGCUAAUAUCUCAAAGAUACAUUGACACUGUAGCAUAUUGUAUUGCGUUAAGCCUUGAACCUGGAUGACGUUUUGAGAAAGACUGGCAAAACAUGCUUUUAACCUUGUUAAUAAAUAGACUGGACAGAUUGGAAAUUGCCUUAGCUAUGUCUUCUUGGUUGAAAAGUCUAAUUUAACCAUGGUUUAGAGAUUUAAUUGUAAUAACUGUGGUCUGCAGAUUGCUCUUGUGACUGAGAAAUAAUUUUGGCAAAAACUUGAGGUUAUUCACUCACUCACUCACUCCUGAAGUUAAGGAGUGGGUUACUUCAGCCGAGGUACAUAUGCUCUAGAUCAGUUUGGUUCUAGGUUUCUUGCCUUGUUGCACCGGACUGACCAUCGGUAGUCAUAUGGCAACAUUUUUUUAGCAUGUUGAACAGAAGACAAGGGCAAAUUUUGGUUAGCACACUCCUAUUUCCUCCUUUUUUCCUUUUUGACUGAUUUGGUUAUUUGCCAUUUCUGGGGAUUAAACUUUAAAAAAUGUUCUUCUUUUCUGUAUCUGAUGUUCUGUGUGCUAUUAGUGAUGCAGCCAACACGAACGGUUGUCAUGUGUAACACAACUUUCGAUCACCGUGAAAACAACGUCCUGCGAAAGCGUCCAUGCUUGAUAUCGUUUGGUUCAUGAACAUUAAGUUUCCAGUACAGGUAAAAUUCCAGAUGAAGCCAAAGCACUUUCCCUCUUGGCUCCUGCUCCUACAAUGACAAGUCUGAUUCCUGGUGGGGGACUGCUUCCUAUACCAACGCCUCCUGUGAGUUCGAUUGGAAUUCCUCUUAGUUCACUGGGAGCUAUACCAGCAGCAGCCUUGGAUCAUAAUAUUACGGCCAUUGGAGAUAUACCCCAGCCACCCAUUAUGGGCAAUGUGGACCCUUCCAAGAUUGAUGAAAUUAGAAGGACUGUGUAUGUUGGAAAUUUGAAUUCCCAGACUACUACAGCUGAUCAGUUACUGGAGUUCUUUAAGCAAGUUGGGGAAGUGAAGUUUGUGCGGAUGGCGGGUGAUGAAACUCAGCCAACACGUUUCGCUUUUGUGGAAUUUGCUGACCAAAAUUCAGUACCUAGAGCCCUUGCCUUUAAUGGAGUUGUAUUUGGAGACAGGCCUCUAAAAAUCAAUCACUCCAAUAAUGCAAUAGUGAAGCCUCCUGAAAUGACACCACAAGCAGCUGCUAAGGAGUUAGAAGAAGUAAUGAAAAGAGUGCGGGAAGCCCAGUCUUUUAUAUCAGCUGCUAUUGAGCCAGAGUCUGGAAAGAGCAGUGAAAGGAAAGGCGGUCGGUCGCGUUCGCAUUCACGUUCAGAAUCCAGAUCUAGUUCAAAAUCUCGAAGGAAAAGAUCACACUCAAAACGCAGAAGUAGAUCUCGGGACAGAUCCCGCUCUAGUCAGAAGGACAGGCGCAGAUCCAGAAGUCCACUGAAAAAUCGUUCAAAAUCAAAAGAACGGCGGAGAUCAAGAAGCCGUUCUCCUUCUCGGGAGAAGAGGAAGGAGAGCAAAGAGAGGAUCAGAGAAAAAGAGAAGAUUAGAGAGAAAGACAGAGAUAAGGAAAAAGAGAAGGAUCGGGACAAAGACAGGGGCAGAGAGAGGGAGAAAGACAGGGGCAGAGAAAGGGAGAGAGAGAAAGAGAGGACCAAAGAUAGAGACAAAGAGAGAGUGAAAGAUAAAGAGAAGGAUAGAGAAAGAGAUAGAGGUAGAGAAAAGGAAAAAGAUAAAGAGAAGGACAAAGGAAAAGGAAAGGACAAAGAGGAGAAGGAGAGAGAGAAGGAAGAAAAAGGCAAGACAGAGGAUUUAGACAAGGAAGGCGAAAAGCUUAAAGAGAGAGAAACAGAAAAGGAGGGAGACAAGGAGAAAGAUGACAACGAACAGGCAAAAGAGAAAGAAGAUGGGGAAAAAGACCAAGAGAGAGAAAAAGAAAGAGAGAAAACCAGAGAAACAGAAAGAGAGAAGACCAGUGAAAAAGAAAGAGAGAAGACUAGUGAAAAAGAAAGAGAGAAGACCAGUGAAAAAGAAAGAGAGAAGACCAGUGAAAAAGAAAGAACGAAGGACAAGGAAGUAGAGAAGGCAAAAGACAAGGAUAAGGAAAGGGACCGAGAGAAAGAAAGGGAGAGAGAAGAAAAAAGGAAAAAGGAGAAAAGAUCCAGGACACCACCUAGAAGUUACAGUUCUUCAAGAAGAUCGCGUAGUUCCAGCAGAGAUAGACGGAAGAGGAAGAGCCGAAGUCCCUCAAAGUCUCCCAGAUCUUCCAAAAUCACAAAAAGGAAAUCUUCUCGGUCUCCAUCUCCAAGGAGAAGCAAGAAAGACAAAAAGACAGAGAAAGAAAGAGACUUGAGUAAUGAUAGAAAAGAAAAAGAAAGGUCUACAUCAAAGAAAAAGAGUAGUAAAGACAAAGAGGUUAAAGAGAAAUCAGAUAAAACCACAACUUUGAAGGAUAAAGAUUUGGGCAAAGAGAAUCAGAAUUCUGAAACCAAUAAACCAGAAGAGAAUGCAGAUGUGGCAGAAGAAAUUAGACUACAGCAAAAUGGGAACUGUCAACCAAAUGAAGACAAUGUAACGGUUAAGACUGAAGUGUAGAAAAUUGUGUGGACUUCUUACUCAAGAGCGGAAGCAAACCCAAGGCAUUUUCUCCUGUCCCCCACAGUCCACCAAAAGAGGGAAAAAUAUUGAAUGGUCAACCGGACAUAAUUUAUCAUAUAUCCUCCGGUUCUUGUGAUGGCUUGGCCAUCUUAAAGGCAGCAAGAAGCAGGACUGGCUAAUAUGAAAAACCAACAGCAUCGAAUCUGAUCAUCCAAAGGAAUCUGUGUUUCUAUGAUGAUAAGAUUGUCCAACGGCUGUUACAAAUAUGUGGCUGUAUCCUGUACAACCCAGAAGAGCUGCUGGGGAUGCAUUGGGAAUUGUUUAAAAUACUGGUAGUUUGAAGAGUUUGAUGUUUUGCUUUAUGAAAUUUUAAGCUAAACUCCAUGUGAUAUGUUUUGAUGAUGUGCUUGAAAAUGGUGCAAAAAUUACACAUGCUUCCUUGUUGUUGUAAAUGACAGUGAUGAAAACUUUUAACCUAACACAGUUUUACAGUUGUUGUGUUUAUUGCCCUCAAAAGCAAGUGAAGAGGUUUUUUUUCUUCUUUUGUUGCUUGUGUAUUUCUUUUUAUAUUUUAAGUAAUUUGCUUAUAAAUAAGUCUUGGAUCCUUCUCUCACUAGUAGUUGAUCAAUGCAUGCUAACAUUCUGGUUCUAGAAAGAAAAUCCAUGUUUAUAUUGGAUUUCCAUUCUGCCAACUAUAAUAAGCACAUAAUGUAGUAAUCUCCAAACAGCCGGCUUUCUUGGGUAGCUUUAUUGCAGUGUCUCGGUCGCCUGCAAAAUAGGACAAACGCCCACAACAAAAAUAAAUGUGUUUCUUUUUAAAUGGAACGUGGGAGCACAAGCGGAUGUGUUAGUGCCUUCUUUGAAACAUAAAAUAGUAGUUCCUAGUGCUUUUUAAUUCCCGGUUUGUUGACUGCUUGAUCUUCUGGAUAGUUCCAUCACAAUAGCAGACAAAGGCUUUAGAGAUCUGUUGGUCAUGUCAUCUUGUUAUUUGGUAACUGGUUGAAGAUCUCUUUAAAUGAAUUAGGUUUCAUGGCUGAACUCACUGAUAAAAUCAUCUUACAGCCCGGUUAGUCCCUAAGUUAGUGGACCUUAUAACAAGUAUGAAUCAAAUAGUUUUGAAUAAAAGCACUUCCUGUUAAUUAUUAUGGGCUGAAUGUCUAACAAUGAAAUCAAAAGUGCCCUUUUGAAUAUCCUCAAGCAUUCAUUUCUGACAUGAGUUGUAUAAGAAGACAUGAGUAGAAAACAAUUGCAGAGAUCGUUGCCUAAUUUUUGGAGUAUAGUAUGAGACUGACAACAGAAAUGAACAUUUCAAAACAUGGUUACACUGAAAUCAGGAACCUUUUGAAAAUGAUACAAAACAAUCAAAUUGCCUUACCUCAUGGGGAAAAACAUACAGAAAAGCCAAAUAAGUAAGUAAGUAUUAGCUUUUAAGGCGUGUUUUCAAAAUUGCUGCUUAGUCAACAUGUGAAUAUUUUGUGGUAAAUGGAAAACAAUUUGAGCACGCGCAAAGUGAUUAAAACUAUUGAUUGUGACAUUGCUUUAUUGCCCAUAUUUUUUCUGUUGUUGCCUAAAGGCUGUCACCCCUCUUUUUCUUUUUCUUUUUGGCCUCUGAGUACAUGAAAAUUAUAAUGAAUGCUUUACCAUGUAAAGUAUGGACAGUAAUUUUUGUGAUGUUUGGCCACAUGCAGUUGGCGGCAAACAGUUUCUUCUGGUAAUAAAGUGACGACAAAUCUCAAAUGCUUCUUGAAAGACUGUGAAAGACUGUGUUGGAACAGCAACUGUCAUAUUUAUGAUGUGUAAGUAGCAUAGAGCAAAGAUUGUAUACAUGUUAUCUUUGGUACAUCACUAAUAAAAUUAAGUAUUUUAGAGGGAAA